CAAACCCACCACAACUAACCACCAAGAUGUCUUUCGAGCUCCAAACAAUUUCCCCCGCCGACUAUGAAGAAAUGAUCGCCUGUGGGCGAUCUGCCUUCAUGAACGACGCAUUGCGCCUCGUGCUCUGGCCACCUCACCUAGCGGAUCCAGAAAAUCCGAACGCAGAGCAAGAAUGGAGGCUCGAUAGAUUAAGACGGGUCGUCGAAAAAGGAGCCGUGUACCGGAAAAUUGUUGACAAAGAGAACGGAAACCGCAUCGCUGGCUUCGCCGGCUGGGCGCCACCUCAUGAGACCGAAGAGGAAAAGGACAUUUAUUCAAAAAUGCCGCUCCCGAAAAGCUUGAACAAGGAGGCGCUUGAUGUGGUAACCAAGUAUAUGCACGAUGCAAAGGAAAAAUUUAUGGGCAAGGGCAACAACAAUUUCUGGUACCUUUUCUCUAUUUGUGUCUCGCCGGACUAUCAGCGGAAGGGCAUCGGUGCCAUACUGAUGCAGUGGGGAAUGGAUCAAGCGGACAAGGAUGGUCUCCCAAUCUAUCUUGAAUCUACGCCAGCGGGCUACUCUUUGUAUAAGAAGAUGGGGCUCGAGACUAUUGGGGAAAUCAAGGUUCCAGAGUUUGAGGGCCUCAAUUACCCUGUUAUGAUUAGACAUCCGAAGCAGAACGGUGCUUGAUAGCUAACAGAGAGUUCACUGUGGGAAUCGUUUGGUUAGUGAGCAGCGUUGGGGUCAUAUUUAUCCAUCAAUAUAACGCUUUUUUCUCUUGGGAGAAGCAUUCAAAAGCUUUAUACAAUGUAAAACUUAUCGGG